CUGUAUACCUUGACUGGCAUAAAUUCACUGGAAGCAAUCGUUUAUUAAAUAAAAUUUGCAAUUAAGAUUUAAAACGGUGUUAACGUGUAGUGAAAUUAAAGAUUUUCCACGGGCCUUCUAUUGUUUAAUAAAAUUAUUUAAUAGUGAAUUGAUGUAAAAAUACAUAUUUUUAAUGUGCACAGUGCUUGAAAAUAAAAGAGAAUCAUCCCUUUUUUGUGUAUAUCGCUGUCUCAUAUAAAACGGCAAGAUUUUGUGUAAUCGCCAACAGCCAAUCAAAAUAGCUCUUCUAAAAUUAUAGUUCCGGAAACAGUUUUGUCGAAUAUAUCAUAGAAUUAUUAUAUCGAUGCUUUCAUUUGCGAGCGGAUUUUCGAAGAAUAAAGUAGUGUAUCGCUUGUUCUAAGUGUUAGCAAAAAUUUUAAUAUUUUUAAUCUGAUAAUAAUUAACUUCAAUAUAUAAAACUAUAUAAACGGAGUACACAAUUAUUGAUUUUUCGUCGUAGCUAUUUUUCGACAAUAUGGCGGACGACGAACAGUUUUCGCUUUGUUGGAAUAAUUUUAAUAGCAAUCUCUCGGCUGGUUUUCAUGAAUCGUUAUGCCGUGGUGAUUUGGUUGAUGUGACGCUUGCAGCGGAGGGGCAACUAGUGAAGGCGCAUCGUCUUGUACUAUCUGUUUGUUCUCCGUACUUCCGCAAAAUGUUCACACAGAUGCCGGCCAAUCAACAUGCUUUUGUAUUCCUAAAAGAUGUUAGUCAUACAGCUCUUAAAGAUCUCAUUCAGUUUAUGUAUUGUGGAGAAGUAAAUGUUAAGCAAGAAGCUCUUCCAGCGUUCAUAAGCACAGCAGAGGCUCUUCAAAUAAAAGGUUUAACCGAUAGUGAUCCUGCACCAUCGUCAUCACCAGCGGAACCAUCUACUCCAACACCACAAAUACAGCAAAUUACAUCCCCACGAGUACGACAACAGCGAACCUCACAAACACGGUCCUAUAAAAUAGAAACAAUUGAUGAUUCAGAUGAAAAACCAGCUACACAAAUUGUUAUACAAACAACAGCAGCGCCACAGGCAACAAUUGCACAACAGCAAGCCUCACACCUGCAACAGCAUACACAUCAUCAUAGCUCCGCGCAACAAAUAAGUAGUGUACCAGCUACAGCCACCGUCGUUACACACAAGCGUCCUGCACAACGUAGCAUUGGAAGUGCACCACAUAUAAAACGCACCAAGAGUACAAUUGAUCCAUUAGAUGCAUCAGAAUCUGCAACCUCACAAAUAACUGUGCAAGCAACAGUAGUCGAUAGCAAAGCUCAACAAUCUGAUACCGAAUAUAUUGACAUGCCAAUGGAAAUACCCACCAAAUCUGAACCAGAUUACUCUGAAGAUGCAGGAGAAGUAAAUGCCACAGAUCAUGAAGCAACAUAUGUUGAAGAUGAUUCCUACGGUGACAUGCGAUAUGAUGAAAGUUACUUUACCGAAAAUGAAGAUGGAACAGCUAAUGCAUCUGUGGCAACAUCUGUUACUGGUGGCAAUUCUGGUGGUGUGAAUGUUAGUAAUGCUUCAGUUGCGACGACAUCGACAAAAGCUCUGAUAAAACAACAGACGUCAUUCUCUGAUUCAUCAUAUGUCGAUGCUGCCGAUCAGUCAAAUAAUGAUGCACAAGCUAAAGUCCUGAACUUUAAAAACCGAAAGCCUCCAUUGACAACUGAAAAGCACAACAUUAAACGAAGUUCAGGAUUGAAAAAACGAUCAUAUGAAGAAAAAGUACAAUCAGUGCCUGCACUAGAAAUCACUGCUAAACCAGUAACUAAAUAUUCCGAUAUACGACGUCCAGAAAAUAUUAUCAAAUCAAUAAACAGUCAUCAUCUAUCUAUUAUUCAAAAGCCACGGCUAAUGGGAAAAUGUGUCAAAUGUCUUCAAAAAGCUGACAGCAAUCAGGCAAAACAACUUAAAAAAUUAACAACCUAUUGUGCUGAAUGUCCUGGAGGAGUUUGGAUGUGUGAAACGUGUUUUGAUGCUGAACAUAUAAAUCUGGAAUAAAUAAUUGGGAAAAUAUUGUUUUAAUCGUUUAAACAAUAUUUUUUUAUCAAACAAUCAUUUUCUUGUUCGAAAAGUUAUUUCAUUUUUUCUCAACAGAUGGCUUCAUUGUAUUUCUUCGCAGCCAAAUUCACUCAUAAGCCGCAUAAUUUUCAUAUGGAAGAUGCAUCAUGCUCUGGAAGGUCAAUUGAAGCUGAUGAAGACAUAAUAUAGGCAUUAAUAGGUGAAAACUGAUGGAUAACAGUGCAUGACAUCGCUAAAAUACUAUUUCUAAAAUUCAACCAUUCAACCAUGAUUAUGUGAAACCUCUAGGUUUAAUCUCAAAGCACGAUAAGAAUUUUGUGCCGAUACAUUGACUAGUGAUUUGCUUUUCAAACGUGAAGAGUAGGAAGCAUUUUGGAAUCGCAUCACUAGAAAUUAGAAAUGGGUUGUCCACAAUAAUUCUAAACGCAAUAGUCGGAGAAAAAAAAGGUUUCGUUAGCCGAGACAUUCGUUAGCCGAGAUUAAUUAAAAAAAGUGAAAAAAAAAGUGAAUCAUAUAAAUCAAUUUUUUGCCAGCGAAGAACAACAAUUUUAUGAGCGUGAAAUCAACCUACUGUUAGAAAAAUGGCAAAC